UUGUUCAUUUGUCCAUCUUUGAGCUGCCACUUGACUCUCCCGGGACCUUCAGACGUGGAUGGAAUCUGUUAUUUGAUCUCCACUGAUCAACUGAGCACUGUUGCUAUUAUACAUAAGGAACAAAGAAUCCGCGAGGGUCUGGGCCACCGUUUCAACACACACCAAAAAGCUUUCAGCAUGGCGGAGAAAGCCCUGGACCCGGGGCCAGUCAGCAUCCCCAUGGAGGAGACCAAGGUCCCCGGGGGGGCCCCGCCCGAGGCCGCCCUGCUGGUCCACCUGAAGAAGGUGGAGAACCACAUCACCGACGCCCAGCGCUUCUCCCACCUGCCCCAGCGCUCCGCCGUGGACCUGGAGUUCACCGAGCUGUCCUACACCAUCCGGGAGGGGCCCUGCUGGCGGAGGAGAGGUUACAAAGCGCUGCUCAAGUGUCUGUCUGGGCGGUUCAACAGCAAGGAGCUGAUCGGCAUCAUGGGGCCCUCGGGGGCCGGGAAAUCCACUCUGAUGAACAUAUUAGCUGGCUACAGGGAGACGGGGAUGAAGGGUCAGAUCAUGGUGAACGGGCGGCCCCGGGACCUCAGGACCUUCCGGAAGAUGUCCUGCUACAUCAUGCAGGACGACAUGCUGCUGCCCCACCUCUCCACCCGCGAAGCCAUGAUGGUGUCGGCCAAUCUGAAGCUGAAUGAGAGCAUGCAGGUGAAGAAAGCACUGGUGGAUGAGAUCCUGACCGCCCUGGGUCUCCAGGAGUGCGCCCAGACCCGGACCAUCUCGCUGUCGGGCGGUCAGUGUAAGAGGCUGGCCAUCGCCCUGGAGCUGGUCAACAACCCCCCAGUCAUGUUUUUCGACGAGCCCACCAGUGGCCUGGACAGCGCGUCCUGCUUCCAGGUGCUGUCCCUCAUGAAGUCCCUGGCCCUGGGCGGCCGCACCAUCAUCUGCACCAUCCACCAGCCCAGCGCCAAGCUCUUUGAGCUCUUUGACAAGCUCUACAUCCUCAGUCAGGGUCAGUGUAUAUACAAAGGCACUGUUCCUUAUCUCAUCCCCUACCUGAAGAACCUGGGCCUACACUGUCCCACCUACCACAACCCAGCUGACUUCAUCAUCGAGGUGGCGUCGGGGGAGUACGGGGACCUGAACCCGGUGCUGUUUGAGGCGGUGCAGGGAGGGCUCUGCUCCGAGGAGGGCAAGAAGAACUCCAGCGACGAGAGCGACUCCUUCUGCCACUCCACAGGUUACAACGACUAUGGAACCAUGGAGAAACGCAGCUUUGCCACCAGUACCUUCACACAGUUCUGCAUUCUGUUUAAGAGAACCUUCGUCACGAUAUGCAGAGACGUGGUGCUGACCCACCUGCGGGUCAUGUCCCACCUGUGCGUGGGCGUGCUGAUUGGCCUGCUCUACCUGAAGAUCGGCAACGACGCCAGCAAGGUCUUCAACAACACGGGCUUCCUCUUCUUCUCCAUGCUCUUCCUCAUGUUUGCCGCCCUCAUGCCCACCAUCCUGACCUUCCCGCUAGAGAUGUCCGUGUUCCUGAGGGAACAUCUCAACUACUGGUACAGUCUGAAAGCAUACUACCUAGCAAAGACCAUGGCGGACAUACCGUUCCAGGUGCUCUGUCCCAUCAUGUACUGCAGCAUCGUGUACUGGAUGACAGAGCAGCCCCCCGAGGCGGUGAGGUACCUGCUCUUCAUGGCCCUGUCCACGUCCACAGCCCUGGUGGCCCAGUCCCUCGGCCUGCUCAUAGGGGCCGCAUCGACCUCCCUGCAGGUGGCUACGUUCGUGGGGCCGGUGACGGCCAUACCCGUCCUGCUCUUCUCGGGCUUCUUUGUGAAUUUCGACACCAUUCCCAAGUAUCUGCAGUGGAGCUCUUAUAUCUCCUACGUCAGGUAUGGAUUCGAGGGCGUCAUCCUGUCCAUCUACGGGUUUAACCGCUCGGAGCUGGAGUGCCCAGGGGUGGUGUGUAAGUUCCAGAAGCCCGAGGAGGUGCUGCAGCUCCUAGACGUGGAGGACGCCAAGCUCUAUGUGGACUUCAUAGUCCUGGGUGUGUUCUUUGUGGUCCUCAGACUGGCCACCUACCUGGUUCUGCGCUACAAGGUCAAGUCAGAGCGCUAGCGCUGGACGCAUGGACGCCGGCCGCGAUCCAUGUUGACCACGCAUGGAUCUCAAACCAUCUAUGUACCAUAUCAUUGACAGAUGAGGUAGGGAACAGUAAUAUAAAUAUAUAGUCUUAUUUCUGAUCGCAGAAAUGCACACACGUACACGGAAACACACACAUACAUGCAGGCUUGCACAGACAGAUAGACACACACACACACACACACACACACACACACACACACACACACACACACACACACACACACACACACACACACACACACACACACACACACACACACACACACACACGCAAACACACUGACAUGCACAUAAGAACAACUAUCUAGAAUACAUGCUGCAGCAUUACUCCACCUGUACAGUUCAUAAUUCACUGGUAAAGGAGUGCAAUGUGUUAGAGGGGUAGACUCUGUGCUCGUAGGUUUUUAUCCUCGGUCAAGAUUAUUCUAACCCGGACAAAUACACCAAGAUGUUAGUAGUCUUGUUUUAUUCUCUUACACAAACCACUUUUUUUUCCCACCAGUACUUUUUUUGAGAGUAUUUCAUAAGUACCGGCCAGUAACUCUCCACGAAUGCAAUGUUAAUGCACUGCAACUAUACAUGUACCCCGCGAGACCAGAAAGCAUGUUUACUUGCGUUGGGGAAUAGAGUUGUUGUGGUUUCGCCGCGGAGACGUGGCUGUGAGGAGAUUGGAAGCUCAAGCCACGGUCCUUGGAAAGGACGCAAUAAUCCUGCUUGAAGUGAGGCGGACCAUGGCUUCCCCUUCCAUCUCUCCCGUGGUCACACCCGGGAACUCCCUCUGUGGGAAAGCCCCGCAAGGAUUUGGCACCAGUCAAAGAACCUGUGUCCUUACUUGACACAAUGGUACUGGGACAAACGAUGAGAAAGUGACACUGUGGCAGGGCCCGGAGUAUGAAGAUUGGACACCUUUCAUAAUACUGAACUAAGGCUGGUAACCACGGGAACCUAAUCGCAACAAGUUGGGUAAGUAUGUGUUAACUGAUACAUAGACAGCAUUUUCGAAAAAGCCACUCCCCGUUUCAUCUGCACAGGACAUCAGCAACAAAAAAAAAGAAUGGACUGUGAGCGGAUAUAAACGUUGUUUUCCAUGUGUGUCAUCGGGAUUCUUACAGAGGGGGAAAAAAGUACAUGGAUGUUAUUUAGAUAUGGAUUAUGUGUCCUUGUAUAUGUCGAGAUUCAAUGCAGCGUGGAUGCAGUGUGUCUUGAAAGAAGAGGGCAUAUAUCCUUGUUUUUAAACACUGAGACCCUGAGUACGGCCCUUCUUACUUUUUAAUCCACAUAUGAAUAUCUUCGACGAGGAAGAAAACCUUGGAGUAUAAUAUAAAAAAAAAAAAAAGAAAAGAGGCUUGUCCCACCAAGGGGCCAAGCCUUCUUAUCCUGGAUGUAUGCGUUGAAUGUGGGUCAAGCUCAAAUGCAAUAGCCAAUGCUAUCAUGUCGUCGUUUGCGUAAAAAGCUGUUUUCCGAUUUCGGACUCGCUCCUUUUGCACUCGGACGGUGAAAGGUCCGGCUUCUGAUCCACUUGGUCCAUGUCCGACUGAUGAGUUGUUGCUAGAUGCUAGAUACUUGAAACUUGCUUGGCUGGGUGUGUUCGUGCCUCUGAAUUAGAAUGGGUUCUUCUGCUUCGAUGCUCCUUUUUAGUUUUUUGCAGACACAGAAGAUGUAAAUAGAAAAUGCCCACUCAACACACUGGUGUAGAGAUACAUACACACAAGCACACACACACACACACAGAUAGGUGCGCGGACGUGCUCACACACACAAACACACACACGUCAACAUAUCGAAAAUCACAUUAACAAAUUUGCAUACACACACACCCAUACACAUACAUACACAAUCAAUAGCACUUGACAUGUAUAAAAGUACAUGCCACCGGGCAAAGCAAAUAUUAUUUUCCAAUAAACUUGCUAUGAAAUAUUUCCUAUAAUACUAAGUAAUCCUUAUAAUAAUGCAUACAAUAGAAUAAGCAUAUACUCAAUGAUUGUACAGUGAAUAUGUUAUGCUGUAAAGAAAUGUACAUUUGCACUUCUCAGUGUAUGGUUAUUAUUUAUUUGUAUUUAAUUUAUUGUUCUAUAUCAAUAUGAGUGCUGCUUGAAAGUAUAUGGGGAAACCGCAACUGGAUGUUGCAUGAUCAAUUAAGGAAUGAAAUUUAUCCAAAAUGAAAUUUCUGAGCAAAGCAUCCUGAUUUUCUUUCCUCAUCCAAAUCAGAUUUUUUUUUUGGGCAAAACCACAGGAGGAUAUUCAAAUUUUGUCAAACAUUACAAAAUCAUGUGUUGUAUUGACAUGGCGGGAAAAAAUGUGAAGUGCUUUGCAGAGGUUUUCCAUUUUGUCAACAAGGUGGAAAGACAAAUGUCACCGCUGACGUACUGUAUGUAGCAUGUAAGCGUAUUCAGGUAGCAACGCAUCUGGUUCACUGAGCUGGCCUAAGCACAGGUGUGGCUGUUAGCAGUAACUGAGUUCAUAUGACAGACAUCACAUCUGGGGCCAGUGUGCACAUGAGCACCCAACACACAAGUGGAAUUACCGUACGUUGCUGCAGUCUGUAUUUUUGUCCUAUUGUUUUAAAUGCACUGUUAAGUAACUUUAGAUUGAAAGGUGCUAUAACAAUAACAUGUAUUAUUAUCAUUAUUAUUAAUUAUAUAAUUAUAUUAUGUUGACCAAUGCUGUUACCCCCUAGAAGCGAGCAGCAGGAUAGUCUAGCAAGAGUUAGCUGUUGGUGUUUGAAAGUCAGAAGGUUCUGGGUCGGAACCGCUAUGGCCGUGAUCUCCUUGUAACCUUAAUCCUACCUGCAUCUCAAGAGCACGAUGCCUUCAAGCAUUUUUGAUACAUAUGUGUUAAUAUUAGCAGCUACACCUGUGUUGGCCCUGAUACUACAGCAAUGUAAUGCCAUCUUUUGAGGACUAAAGAGGAUUUAUGAUUUGCAGAGGUUACUGUCAAGAAGAGCAAUAGUCUGAUCCAUAAAAAUGUGAGUGUGGCCCAGAGAUUAACCGUCUCACAUACACACGCCCUCACACACACACACACACACACCCUCACCCUCUCAUCCUCACACACACAUCCUCACACACACACACACACACAAACACACACACACUUUCGUGUCACCAACGUUGACAUUGUUUUGAGUUUUGCUGUCACCGUGCUGUCACCGCUCUCUGCAUUGGAAGCUAUAAAAAGCCAGAUGAGUGAGGUCUGGAUAAUCCCAUAUGAGGCGAACAGGACAUGUGUUAUUGUUUGAUCAAAAUGUGUCCCAGGUUGGUCAGGGAAUGGAGAUAAAGGGCCUGAUUUCAUGGAGGUCCUUCUUUUGUGUGCAGAUCCGGAUCAGAGAAAUGGGAAAAUGUUGUGUUCUGCAGUGUGUAAAGCGGGUUAACUGAUGAAGUGAUUGAAACAAAAAUAUGUUUAUGUUUCUUCGAACAUUACCAAAAUGUAAGCCCCCGAUCCGUCCGAGCUGUGAAGGCGAAAGGACAAACACAGGCAGGCUACACACCCUUCCCUAGAUAUCGCAUGGUACCCCGUUCAUUAGCCAUUAUAAUGGUUUCACACACUUUUCAAAUAAUGAUGAUUGCUAUUUUUUCCUUCUUCUGAAAUCGAUUUUUUCAGGAACUUUAAAAUACAGAUGUUCAACACUCCACUACUGUAUGUUUAUCUGGGCUCAUUUUGUGCUUUGUUAUUCCAUUCAAUGUCGGCCUCACUUGUUUCACUGUGAAUAUGAUCUGGUCAUCAAGCUUCGUCUACCUAACCUUUCUCCUUUCUUAUAUAACGAGUAAUGACGUCCCUAUACGAGACCUUUCAGUAUGUGACAGACAAUGCGUUUUGUUUGACUAGAACGGCUGUUUCCACCAAACAGAUCAUUGGUGAGUUGUUAACCUUAUUUGUUUGUCCAUUUCUGUUUGUCAGUGGAUCCUAAACUCAAACAAUUCAAGUUCUGUGUACUGAACGCUGUUAAAAGGAUUAUAAUAAAGUUAACCGUUUAUAACCUUUUCUUCCACUGCUCAUACUAAGACCAUCUAUAGGAACCUCCACAAGUAAAAAUAGUUGAACU